GAGCCAUGACACCACACACUGGGAUCAGUAAGCAAGUGACAAGGAUCCUGUGUCACAGCUGGUGGCGUAAGAUCUGUUGUAGAUUUGGAAGCGGAAUCUCAGCUGGCUGCCCUCAGCUUUCCUGUGAGCCUCCAUAUUAACUUCCUGUGCACCGCAGUUCCUCAGGAUUCUGUCUGGCUGCCCCUCAAGGUCCAGCAGAGGUGUGCCCGGGUGACCAAGGGGAAACCGGAGUCUGCAAGUGUGGGUUUACUCUCUCUGUGUGCGUGUGGACCAGCUGAGGAAUUAGAAGCUGCCAUGGGGACCGGCAUGAGCAAGGUUGUGGAUGGCUUGUACCUUGGGAACAUCAGGGAUGCUGAGGACAGAGAGAACCUGGCAAAGAACGGGAUCACGCACAUCUUGUCGGUGCACAGCAAUGCCAAGCCAGUGCUGGAAAUCUGGCCCGAGAAGUGCAAAGCCAAGCUCCUGUUCCCAUGCUUGCUGCACCCCUGGAAGAGGCAAUGUCUCCUCUCAGGCCGAGGGUUCCCAUCUCUGGUAGAGGAGAAGAAGCUUGUAGGGAGGAACCUCAUCCUUCAUCCUGAUGUGUAUUUCUGUGGCAGUGCAGAGACAGGCAUCAUGGACAUGACCUACCUCUGUAUAUCGGCCUCAGACUCCUCUAAUCAAAAUUUGAUGCAGCAUUUUAAGGAGUGCAUCAGAUUUGUUCAUGAAUGCCGGCUGCAUAAAGGAGGAUGUCUCAUUCAUUGCUUAGCUGGAGUUUCCCGCAGCACCACCAUCCUGGUGGCCUACCUCAUGACCGUGACCAAGCUGGGCUGGGAAGAGUGCCUGGCUGCCACCAAAGCUGUCCGUUCCUACGUGAGCCCCAACUUUGGCUUCCAGCAGCAACUGCAGGAGUACGAGGCGACGCUGCUCAACGAGUACCGAGCCUGGAUCCAGCAGGAGUUUGGCAAGAACCCGCUCCGUGACCAGGAAGAGCUACAGCACUUACUCUCCCAGCAAGAAGAGAAAGUCCGAGAGCAGCAAGCUGGACUCAGAGAAAGCAGCUGGAUCUGCGGUCCAAGCUCAGCGAACCCCCGUCCGUACAACGCCUAUGCCAGCAGCAGCAGCAGCCACCGGUGGAUGAACAGAUAACAGGAGCGGACUGGCUGGAAGAAACGCUGCAUGUCGUUUCUCUAGGAAGAGCAGCUUUGCUGGUUUGGUCUGUGGCGGAUAGAUUAGCUGCAUCUUGGAGAUGUUGUUGCCGUCAGCAUUAUGAAGUGGCUAGUCUUUCUUGUUUUCUUCCGGGUGCUGGCAGAGAAUUGUUGUCUGACCUCACAAGCAGGUCUCCAGGCGAUCAACUUCAAUAUGGUCUUUAGCCAUCACUGGGGGCUUUCGAAAGCCGUCCAGAGCAGAUGGCUUUGUACCAAAGAUGAGAUAUCCCAGGUAGAGACAUUUAGACUAGGCCUCUUUGAAAUCAAGAGAACGUGUGAGCUGACUUGAUUAACCUUUAGGGGUGCGUUCAUUCACAAGUGACAAGGAAGGCUUUGGCACAGCUCUUUGGGUUGUGAAGGUGGUUAAUAGGGAUAGAACUUGGGAAACAGACAUUUUCUAAUGAAAUGCUUUUUCCUCUCUGAGUGAUUUGGUGGAUGUUUAUAUAUGAGAUACUGACAUCAGUAUGAUUGUGUGAACCACGCCAAGGUUGGAAAUCUCAUAUCCAUCUUGGGCCAUAAACCAUCUUGGCGUAGGUUCACACAAUUACACUAAUGUUGUUAACCCACAUUAAACCUAGAUUCAAAUGACUGUCUGAAUCAGGCCACAGAAUAUAGUGCAUUUAAACUCACUGAUUUCAGCACAAGCAUACUUACCUGUUAGAUUAUGGCCCCAAACUAGACAACAGUGAUGGUGGUGGGAAAGGUAUUUCUAAGAACAGUGGCAUUUUAACCUAGUAUAGUUCAGUUUGGUGAGAUGUUAGCAUGCACAUAAAGGAAACAGUUUUUCUCCUGUGAAAGUGGCUUAAAGGUGUUUUCACACAGGAGGCUGAAACAGGCAUUUGCUUGAAUGGCUUUGGAAUGCAAAUGUAAAACCCACAUCCUCUGCAAAAUUCAUGGACACACCAUGGUCUGGUCUGAAGGCACUUGAUGCCACAACCUUGCUGAGGCUAAGCUGGGGAAAACGCAGGAAAUCCGAGCUUGAUCAAUGCCUGGAUGGGAGAUCCCUGACAAGCCCAAUGUAGGCCAUUCUGAGUUCUAGCAUGAAAAAAAAAGGUGCAUUUGGAUUAUCUUCGGAUGUUAUCUCACACUGAAAAUAUGAGCCAACUGUAUGAAAACGGCCAAGGGUGCUUGUGGUGUCUUGUGUGAACGUGUUCUCAGCCUGCAUGAAACUGAUUAUAACUGACAGCCAUACAUACCGUAUUUUAUGGACUAUAAGACUCACUUUUUUCCUCGAAAAAUAUCCGCCAAAAUUCAGGUGCGUCUUAUAUGUUUUAACAGUCUAAUAUGUUAAAACUCUGAAAAACUGGAUUAAAAUUAAGGUGCGUCUUAUAGUCCGUAGCGUCUUAUAGUCCGUAAAAUACGGUAACUGAUUGCUCAGCUAAGAUCAGACAAUUUACUAAGCUGUCUGAUUCAGCACCAUUAGUGACUCUUGUACUGCUUUACAAUUCAGGACCAUUGUCUUAUGCACAUUUUCCUUAUUGAAUUCAAACCAUGCUCCUGAAGUUAAAUAAAUAUGUAAAGUAAACAGGAAAGAAUGCUAUUCGUUAUGACUCCUGUUAGCCAUGGUGGACAGGAAUAUUGGUGGAGUUGUGCUUUCCUUGAAAAUUGCCCCACAUUGCUCUGAUUAAAUCCUCACUUAGUGGGAAUCCCCUGGGCAGGCCUUCCUAUGUUGGCUUUGGCCAUUCAUUUAUGCAUUUUGUACAUUUGGAUUAUACACCCAGCAGUGUAAAUAUUUCCAAAAUAAAAUUGAACAAUGGCCUGGGGGUCACAGUCAUUCAAAUCCAGGUCUAAAUUAAGUAACGGACAUAUUAGUGUGAUUGCCUGUUGCAAUGAGCUCUAUGUGGGGCUGCCUUUGUAGGUAGUUGGGAAACUUCAGUUAGUCCAAAAUGUGGCAGCCGGACUGAUCUCUGGGGUAACUUGGAGAGACCACGUUAUGCCUGUACUUAAACAGUUGCACUGGCAGCUAAUAUGUUUCUGGGCAAAAUACAGAGUGCUGGUUAUUACCUUUGAAGCCCUGAAUGGUGUAGGUCCAGGUUACCUUAGAGAGCGCCUUUUCCUGUAUGAUCCCCACCGCACACUAAGGUCAUUUGGAGAGGUCUGUCUCCAGUUGCCACCGGUACGUCUGGAGACAACUCGGAACUGGGCCUUCUCUGUCGCUACUCCUGGGCUGUGAAAUGCACUCCCAGCAGAAAUUCGUGAUUUGGGAUCACUGUUGGAGAGCCCUUAAAACUUAUUUGUUUGGUCUGGCCUUCUAGGGUCUUUAAAUUGCAUUUAAAUGUUUUUUGUUUUUAAUAGGUUUAAACUGUUUUAAAAUUUGUUUUUCUUGUUUUAAAUGGCUUGUUUUGAAUGAUUGUCAGCUUUUGUUUUGUUGUGCACCACCCAGAGCCUUUGGAUGGGGCGGUAUAAAAAUGCAAUAAAUAAAUACAUACAUAAAAUAAUAAAUUGUGCGAACCCAC